CGAAUUAGUUUACUUCGCAAUAUUUUCUUUACAGCGCAUUACCACGCGCAGGUCGUCGAGGUCGACGUCGCUGAGGCGAUCCACACGCGAGUCGAAGGAGGCUUGGAACGAGGCCUGCACGAUAUCCAUCCUUGGCGUCAGUGGUCGCUUUAGCGGCGUCGGUUCAAAUAAGGGAAGAUAAGGGACAGAAGAGUCGGGAGUAAAAGGCUCCGAGUGCAUCGCAUCGUUCCGACGUACAGACAAGUGACGGUCGUCUCCUCUCCGCGACUUUCACCGACCCGCUGAAAAGCUCAAAUGGCCCGAAGCGCAUCGCCAAUGUACAUCAAGCGCAUCGCUGGCACAUCAUAGGCGGCACCGCCAUGUUAAACGCUCGACCAGCAAACCGGCGUUAUCAUCAGCAACAUGGUGCGUAAAUGUAGUGAUGGCAAUCGUGGCGUGCGGCGCCAGCAAGAGGAAGGGAAUCACGUGUGUGAUGCCAUCAUUUCAGCACAACUGUGUUCGGAUUGCUAUUGCGGGGCAUGGAGAAGUCCUGCUGGCGGCUUGUAAUGACUGCAGAUCACAUCGAGUUGAGCCGAUCAACAGUGACUCGGAGCGCAUCACCUCCAUAUGGCUUGCGUAUCAGCUGCUGGUAUCCCGGCAGAUCGUGAAUUGGCGUUCUGAUUGGCUGUCAACUUCAAUGUUGAAUGUUCACGGCCGGGCCAUUUGGGUCGGUUAUUUAGCAAGUCAAAAAGAGGAGGGCAAUGCUUUUACACAGUAUCGAGCCUCAAUUACUACAACUCCGGAAUAAUAUAAAUGUAAGCUUCGUUGUCAUCG